AUGGCCACUGCUGGUGCCGUCGCUCUUCUGUUCGGCGAGCUCCAGAUCUUGCAGACGUUCAAUCAUGACCUUACUGGCAGUACUGCGCAAACGCUCACCGGGAGCUCAACUGUGACGCCAAGUCCUCUCAUAUCGCAAGCCACUCCUCAAUGGCCUUCAGCUUCGGGUACGCCCGCAACGACCAACCCCCUUCUAGCACCAAAGACCAACACCUUAACUGUCUCCAACAUCCAGGCAGGUCAUGCCGGUAGCACGCUCCAGAACUGCCAUCACAAAACUCGCUGGGAACGCUUCGGUCAUGGCCUGUGCACAUCGUGCAAUGAGUGA